AUGGCAAUUAAUAUGUGUGCCUCUCAGGAUUUCUUGCAAGCGUGCAACUACGAUGCCGUGAAAUGUUGUGUGGCACUGAACAAUAAGAUAGUAGAAGAUGUUAUGGCCAAGUUGCGUGACGGAAGUCGAGUGGACACAAAGCGUUGUGCCACAGAUGCUUUGCCACGUAGUAACAUGCGAGACCAUGUUAUUUAUGAUAUACCGGGCUAUCAAGAAACAUCCAAUCCAGAUUAUCUCAGCUACGCAAAUGCAACAAAUAUCAAUACGACAGAUCGUCAAGAAAUUCGGUCUGAAAAUAGUGAUACCUUUGACGAGGACGAAAUACCACCGAAUGAUAUAAGAUCACCUGAAUCAGGUUACAAUGUCCCUGGUGAGCGUAUCGCUACUUCGGAUCUGCCAGAGCAUCUGUUGAUCCUGUCACCAAGGCGUAACGAAGCCACUCCAUAUGCUUCUUCAGAAUGGCCUAAAAUAAGUAAUGACUCCGCUAAUGUGUAUGCUUCUACGUUGUCUCUACCGAAGCCUUCAGUUCACGAAACAAAAGUGCAAGAUGCAUAUCGUCAAAUUAGUACCUCAGCAUCACGUUCGAGGGCUCAGUCAAAUUCCACCGAUCGUAACUCUAAGCCUCAUGAAAGCUUUCACACCACUAGCGAACCUGCUAGUAUGAACUCGAAUUCGCAGGUAAAUUUUUUCGAGGAUCUUCACUUUGACCCUGCUGCCCGUUUCCCCUGGACCAGCACAGUCUACCAAGCCUUCUGCCCAAUCCCUGCAAACGCUUUAUUGUCAACACCAAGCAGUCAAUUUCUUCACCCUAGUACCUGUCUGCGUGAUGCAAAUUAUUCGUCCAAUGCCUCCUCCCCAUAUACCGAACAAAAACAAAAAUCAGUAACCUGGCGUCAGGUCUACCUUCCGUAG